UGCCACUGUAGGAAAACGAGGACAAUUCAGCUUGCCAUGUUUUAAAAGACACUGUCUCCUUUCCUCUUCCUUUUGUUUUCCAUAGAUGGCGGAGCUGGGAGCAGGACUGGAGGCACCCCAUCCCUGCCUCUCCUGCAGCAUCACUGAAGACCCAAGCAGUGACCCGAGCCCCCUGCCCAGCUCCCAGGGCAGUCUGAAGUUCUCCCUGCUGUACCGCAGGGAGCAAUGCGAGUUGCUGGUGAGCGGCCUGGAGGUGCGGGGCCUGCCCAGCCGCAGGCACACUGAGGUGGCCGUCUGGCUCCGACUGCUGCGGCGGGUCCCAUCCCACACCCCUGGGCUCCAGUGUGUGGUCCAGGAGUGGCAGAGCCGGGCGGUGAAGAACUGCAAUGGGACGACCUUUGGGGAGCACUUUGUCUGCUCCCUGCAGGAUGCUGAGAUGGAGAGGAGCACCCUGAAGAUGGAGGUCCAACAUUUUGACAAAUACUCCAGGAAUGCCACACUAGGGGAAGUCAGGGUUGCCCUGAGCCAGCUGAAGGCUUCCCAGAACUUAGUUUUUUGUGCAGAACUGCAGAAGGCCACAAAGGACGUCGUGGGAGAGGUGCUGCUGUCUCUGAGGUGCCUGCCCAUAUCCCAGAGGAUGGAGGUUGGGCUGCUCAAGGCAAAAACCUACCCCCCUUGCAGUGCUGCAGAAAAGAGCAUAUACGCAAGAAUAGAUGUUUCCUGCAGACGCCACAGGCAGAAGCACCAGAAAUCCAGGCCGCAGGCACACACUUCACUCGUCAUUUUCAAUGAGACCUUCCUGUUCCCCAUGCCCCAAGCUGCAGCAUGGGACAGCUCUGUGCUCGUCUCCCUUUAUGAAGUGGGCCCUGAGCCCAGGCACCUCAUCGGGCAGGCCACUGUGGGUAGGAACAUGGCAAGGGAGGCAGCUGACCACUGGGACCUCAUGGCCAAGUCCAUCCAGCAGCCUGUAGCCCAGUGGCAUCCUCUCCUCAUUUAGAGGGGAGGACUUCUGUAGCUCCUUGUGGUCGUCUGGCUGAGUUUUCUUGCACAAAUGAGCAGCAAUCACAGCGAAUAUAUCUAAAAGAUGAGUCAGAGCUUGACAUAUUUGGUAAGAUUCAGGUAACUUCUCCUUUAGCUUCCUUCCACUGCUUCUGCUGCUCAUGGUGGUCCCAUGUCACUUUCAGUAGAGCAGUAGGAUCUCAGAAGUGCCCGGGGUUGGAGGGAACUGGUCCCUGUGGCAGGAAAUAGGGCAGUGGUCAUUGCAGGGCAGGCACUAAGUAGGCAAGAGGAAAAAGGAGUGGAAGAAGGAGUCCCUGCUCCUAUUCAUGAAAUAAGGAGGCACCAAAAAGUGAAGUGAUUUGCAUCAGUUCAAACCAGACAUGGAUUCUGGGACCAACAUGCUUGUAGACCUGGGUAUGCUUGCAUCUCUAAAUUAUCCUUCUGAAUUUUGAUGUUUUUUGGCCUUGGAGAUUUUCUGAGGCACAUUCAUUGUAUACGUGCAAAUAAAUAAAUGUAAAGGCAAGAAGACAUUUCACUGCUUAAAAUGUCACCCAUCUCUCCGUCCUGGUCUGAUAUGAGGAGUCCCUUUUGCCAUUCCCUAUACUCCUGCCGCACCUCCUGGCUGCUGUCCCAGGUUUUCAGAGCACACAUUCCUUCACUCAGCAGCCCCCUUCCUGCCUGCCUGCUGAGGGCUGGAGCUCCACUUUUCCUUUUCAAUGCCUUUUUCUUUGCUAUGCUCCCCAGAACUCCCGCCCCCACUCAAUCACAAGAUGUGUCACCUUAGGAGAAAACUGUUGGAUGCGUGGAUGGCUUUUGCAUAGAGCACAACUCCCCCCCAAAAAAAAACCUUGUAAUUUAGGUCACAAUAGCUU